AUGAAAGAAGGUGUGGACGAUGAUCCGCUCGAAAUUAAAGAUUUGGCUGUAAAGUAUGACUAUCUAAUCUACAAAAUCAAUGACCAUAUAGCCAAUUUGGCAGACAUCACCCACCAAUCUGUCUCCAAUAAGCGUAAAUUGAUCGACGAGGAGUACUUUGACCAGCAGCUACAUUUGGACGAGCAAUUGGCUGAUGCCGACCGCCUAAUUGACGAGUGUAAAGAACUUGAAACGCUAUUUAUGAAGCUCGAUCAGUUGUAUAUGUUUGUGGGAGACUUUAAGCAGCGAGUGGCUACCUUAGAACAAGAGUUUAGUCUACUAUAG